AUGGCAAUUGAACAAACGGAUGUGGAAAAAUUUACCAAUUUAUUACCAUUUAUUGUUGAAACGGUGUCACGAUCAAUCUCUGACACAACAUCGGCGUUAUUGAAAAACGAAUUAUCUAAUCCAUCAAAAACUAAGACUUUACGUGUGGUGAAUUUUGAUAAAGAAGAACCAAAUUGGUCGUACAUACCAGCUAAAUGGAUACAAGUUGUGAAAUUCGAAUGCGACAGUCAAUUAAAUUGUACUCAAAUAGAUCAGCAAUGGAACAUUAGAAUUGCUUCAAAUCCUUUUGCUGAAGGUGGAAUGCGUUUAGCUUAUUAUGGUCUAAUGAGAUAUAAAGAUAGAGAGGAAAAAGUUGUUCUUAAAGAAUAUAAACAAGUGGAUAAGAAAGCCAACAUUCAAGAGAAAUAUUUCGAUUUAUUAGAAUGUCAAACCAUUGCUGAUUUUCUCGCACAAGAAUUUAACAGAUUACCAUCUAUCAGUAAUUUAACAAUCGUCAAAAAGAUUAAAUUUAUUAUGUUGAAAUUAGUUUUCGAUCGAUCCAUUGAAGGAGGACCUCGUAACUCGACACUGGAACGUUUCACCGAAGGUUCUUAUAAGAAGUUUUCAAACAAUGCUGGUUACGUCAAUAUGGAUGACCCAGCAUAUACUCUUCAAGCAUUUUCACAUUGGACUUACGAACGAACAAUGGGAGAUAUGAUUGUUGUCGAUCUACAAGGAAUUGAUAUUGGAGAUAAUCAAACAUAUUUACUGACAGAUCCUUGUAUUCAUUCAACUAGUGUGAUGAGAUUUGGAAAAACUAAUUUGGGAAAUCCAGGAAUCAAACGAUUCUUUCAAACACGUGUGUAA